AUGACAGGUCGCGGCGGCGGCGGGCGCAAAACACUCCUUGCACCGAUUCAUUUCAUUUUCAGUCUGCUACAAAAGCGCUCUACUGUCUCAAUAUGGCUCUAUGAAAACUUGCGCACGCGCAUCGAAGGAAAAAUCCGAGGCUUCGAUGAGUUCAUGAACCUUGUAGUUGACGAUGCUGUCGAGGUACAAUUGGCCACAAAAGAUACCCCCGAGAAGAGGAGGCAGCUUGGCCAAAUUCUACUGAAAGGAGACAACGUCUCCCUUAUACAAUCACUGGACUGA